AUGCAAGAAUAUGAACAGGAUGCUCUGACUUUCGUGCGCGAAUAUGGACGACCAUGUUUAUUUAUCACGUUCACUUGUAAUCCAAAAUGGCCAGAGAUUACAUCUUUGCUACUGCCUGGCCAAAAUGCAAUACAUCGCCAUGACAUUACAGCACGUGUGUUCAGACAAAAGUUGAAGUCUUUAAUAAGUUUCAUUACUAAAUCACAUGUAUUUGGUCUCACACGUUGCUGGAUGUAUUCGGUUGAGUGGCAAAAGCGAGGAUUACCUCAUGCACACAUUUUGGUUUGGUUCAUCGACAAAAUCCGUUCUGAAGAAAUCGAUAGUAUCAUUUCUGCGGAAAUUCCAGAUCCAUCCACUGACCAACUGCUGUUUGAUAUUGUUACAACAAACAUGAUUCAUGGUCCAUGUGGUACUCUUAAUAGUUCAUCGCCUUGCAUGGCUGAUGGAAAAUGUACUAAAAAUUUCCCUAAAGAUUUUACCAAUGAUACGGUCACAAAUGUCGACGGAUACCCAAUAUAUCGUCGAAGAAAUCCUGAAAAUGGCGGACAAUCAUUUAUUAAAAAUAUCAUCAACACAGACAUUGAUAUUGACAAUCGUUGGGUGGUGCCAUAUUCGCCUCUGCUGAGCAAGACAUAUAAUGCUCAUAUUAAUGUUGAGUUCUGCAGUUCUGUGAAGAGCAUCAAAUACAUUUGCAAGUGUGUCCAUAAAGGCAGUGAUAUGGCUGUGUUUAGAGUGGAAAAUACUAAUGUGAAUGCUCCUCCAGUGAAUAAAAACGAUGAAAUAACGCUCUACCAAAUUGGUCGGUACAUCAGCUCCAAUGAAGCUGCUUGGCGUAUCUUUGGUUUUCCAAUUCAUGAACGGGAUCCAGCAGUUGUUCAGUUAGCCAUCCAUCUUGAAAACGGUCAGCGUGUAUUUUUCACGAACGAGACAGCGAUUGAUCGUGCAAUAAAUCCACCUAAAACUACACUCACUGCAUUUUUUGAAUUGUGUAAUCGUGCGGAUGAUUUUGGUGCCUUUGCACGAACAUUACACUAUUCACAAGUACCACGCUAUUUCACAUGGACUCAAACAAAAACAUGGAUGCCCCGCAAGCAAGGCUCACCAGUUGCUGCAUGUCUCAAUUUAUUUAAAUCAAACGCCUUGGGGCGAUUAUUUACAGUCAAUCCAAGACACACGGAGUGCUUUUAUCUUCGACUGUUGUUGGUUAAUGUUACUGGCCCAUUAUCAUUUCAAGAUAUACGUAAAGUGAAUGGGCAACAAUAUCCAUCGUAUAAAGAUGCAUGCCUUGCACUCGGCUUGCUGGAAGACGACAACCAGUGA